GGACGGAGAGGCUUCAUCGGUUGAGGAGUUCGAGAGGGUUUUGUCCGAGUUUGACAUGCAGGAUUUCACAGGACAUGCUCAAGAUCCACUGCCGGAAACCAAAACAUCAGCUUCUCCAGAGAAAACCUCCAAUAAUUUAUCAGAUUUUACUCCUAUUUCGGUUUCUGGAUUGGAAGAUGUUUUAGAAACGGAGGCAGUUGCGGGUUUGCCUGCUGAAUCAGGUUCAGUUUCGGCUUCAGAAAUGGACUCGGUUGUUCCAUCCAUCACGUGCUCAUUAUCAUCCACUCUUGACCCACAUUCAGCCCCAGAUUCAGCUCCGGUAGCUGUUUCAGGGACUCUGGGAACUGAAGGAGUGUAUGCUGGUUGUUCUGGCGUUCAUUUGUGUGAUUCGGAUGAGCCGUACAUGAUCCCAGAUGCAGACUGGGUGACCGGUGGAGAUGCUCUUCUCGCGGAUUUGGAGUCCACAACCUCCCACAUUUCCAAACAAGGCGUUUUUCUGCCAGAAGAGACUCCAUACUCCUGCCCCAGAGGAAGCGACUCUUAUCAGGACGUGUCGUCUCCGCCUCGAGUCAUUUCCCCUCCUGCUGAAACUCUGAAUGGAUCUUGGGUAGAAAAGCCAGAAUCAAAGCACUCAUCAACCCAGUCUUUCAACUCGGCCCCGAAAAGCAGCAGUCCUCGCGUGUCGCAGUCUGAGGAAGAGCACGUCUACAGUUUCCCCAACAAACAGAAGUCGAUUGAGUCUCCCACCGCCGUCAUGAACUCAUCUCUGGGCAGUAACCUGUCAGAACUGGACCGUCUGCUGCUGGAGCUCAACGCUGUGCAACACAGCACACCAGCCUUCCCUGCUGAAGAGACCUGCCCACCCAAACCAGCCAACAACAGCCAACGCUAUGUCCCAGAAAACGGCGUCUCAUCAGUGGUGAAAGCAGCUCCUCCGAAGAUAGAGAAACCCAAACGCAAUAUACCUGCAAAGGUGAUCGAAGACGCCAGGCCCAGUGUGGAAAGCCUGUUAAAUAAGUUGGAGAGCUCCAUCCCGGCUCCUGUCGCUGCCCAAUCAGUGCCAAUGGUUUCUGAGUUGAGAGGAGUUCAGGAAGAGACUCCUGCCCAGCAGCAGGCCCGAAUCUCAGCUUCUUCAGCCACACGAGAACUCGACGAACUCAUGGCUUCACUGUCUGACUUCAAGGUUCAGAGCAAUUCUGGUUCUUUGUUGGUUCAGGAGGACUUGAUUUCCACUGAAGGGUCAGAACUUUCAAAUCCUGUGGUCACAGACCCUUCCGUCACAGACACGGAAGAAUCUGACCACAAUGUUUCUUCCUCAAAUUGCACACCACUUCUCCUGGAACUUCACAUUGUUGAGGAAUUGGCAACUGUAGCUCCAGUAUGUAACUCCACGGUGAUCUACACAUCUUCCAAGACCCAUUCAGAGAAGGUGCUGGUAGUUUCAAGUAAACCUCGAUUAUCUCCAGAACCACCUGGAAAAACACCAAGCUUACCAACAUCAAGUAUAAACAAUAGUGAAGUAAAACCACCCAAGACUGUCAACCCAAAAACUUCAAGUCCACUUUCUAUCUCUAAAGACACUCCACCUGUUGUAGCAAAGGUUUCUUCGCCAAUUACAAUUCCAAGGAUUUCAAGCCCAGUGGCAAAAAGCCCAAGUCCACCAGAGAUGAUCUCUUAUCGAAUUGACAGUCCUGUAACAGUUGCUAAAACCUCAAGUCCAGUGGUGGUAAGAAAGAGCCCAAGCCCCAUCACAACUAUUAAAGCAUGCAAAAGUCCAGUUCCUGGAGCCCUUGCCAAGACCCAAAGUCCAGAGCCAGGGAUUGCUCGCAAGAGUCCAGUGCCAACUACCAUUACACUGCCCACUCCUCCAGUUUCAUUAAAUCCCAAACCUUCCAAAGAGAAACCUGAGAACUCUGAACUGGGCAUAUUGGGAAUAAAUCUUCCUUGCCCCAAGCCUCUUCUGGAGGAAGCUCUGGAUAAGUUGUUGACAUCCAGUCUUGAUGUCCAACCAGAGCCGGUGAAGCAGCCUAUAGGAUCUCCUUUCUUUUCCGAGGUAAAUAAUGAUGUUCUGGAGCUACUUCAUCAGUCGAUGCCACAGGAUGGCUUGGGAAAACUCAGUUGGAUGGAUGAAUUCCCAAAUCCCGCAUCGCACCCUGGAGCAUCAGAUGUUUCUCUGGAUCUUCCACUUCUCCAGCCUUCUGCUGUUGAAAGGCUGUCCGCUUCUGGACAACUUAAAUCGGUCAUCAGACGCACUAAGGAAACGCCCAACGUCCAUCCAAUGUUUCGUGACGGCCACUUGCGCAAAAAAAUGGGCCCUGUCUUUCUCAACAAGAGUAACUCGCAGGAUCUGCUCAUUGAAGAGCUGCAAGGGAAACUGGGAAUCGGCCGUAGUGAGCGGCCACGGAAACAGCCGGAAGACUGGCUUACAGAAGGUGUGAUUGUCUGUUCUAACCCGCAGCGCUUAAGAGAGGAGGGUGGUGUAUCACCAACGGUUGAUAAGAUCAUCAUUCCUCCAGACUCUCCCAGUCCUCAAAAAAAAGUCCUAACCCAUCCUGUCGCUAAAAAGCCGGUGCCUGUGGCUCAUAUUCCCGCCCCUCUCCCCCCACCUCCUCCUCCCCCCAGAGAGCCCUCUCCUCCUCCCGCUCCUCCAGUUCCAGCUCCGCCUCCACCUAAAGACCCCACCCCUCCACCCUCUCCUAAAGCUGUGACCCCGCCCCCUCCACCAAAGGUUUUAGCGUCUGUGGGCUGCCAAACGGAAUAUGAACCUCUUUUUCCACCGAUUAUGGCUCAGGGCAAGAGUUCCCCCACCAGCGUACCGAAGCAGGGGAAUAAACUGGACAAUAUGCUGGGAAGCCUGCAGUCAGACCUCAACCGACUGGGUGUCCAGACUGUUGCCAAAGGCGUUUGUGGAGCUUGCAAAAAACCCAUCGCUGGCCAGGUGGUGACAGCAAUGGGUCGGACGUGGCAUCCGGAACAUUUCGUGUGUACUCAGUGUCAGGAGGAAAUCGGCUCCAGAAAUUUCUUUGAGCGGGACGGUCAGCCGUACUGUGAAAAGGACUAUCACAGCCUCUUCUCUCCACGCUGUUACUACUGCAGCGGACCUAUUCUGGACAAAGUGGUGACCGCAUUAGACAAAACCUGGCAUCCAGAGCAUUUCUUCUGUGCCCAGUGCGGGUCAUUCUUUGGGCCUGAGGGUUUUCAUGAGAAGGAGGGAAAGGCGUACUGUAGGAAGGAUUACUUUGACAUGUUUGCCCCUAAAUGUGGCGGCUGUGCCCGUGCCAUCCUGGAGAACUACAUCUCCGCUCUCAACUCUCUCUGGCAUCCUGAGUGUUUUGUCUGUAGGGAGUGUUUCACUCCAUUUGUGAAUGGCAGUUUCUUCGAGCAUGAAGGGCAGCCGUACUGCGAGGCUCAUUAUCACGAGAGACGCGGCUCGCUCUGCUCCGGCUGUCAGAAACCCAUCACCGGCCGCUGCAUCACCGCCAUGGGCAAGAAGUUCCACCCCGAGCAUUUCGUCUGCGCCUUCUGCCUUAAACAGCUCAACAAGGGCACAUUCAAAGAGCAGAACGACAAGCCCUACUGCCAAGGCUGCUUCAUCAAGCUCUUCAGCUAGAGUCUGAUGCGCGUUUGAACACACACCAUCCGAGAGAGAGCAGAUAGUGUCAUCUUGUGGCGGUAGUAAGCAUUACACCAGCUUGUUCUUGUGCCAAAACACUGUCCGACUAAAGUGUAGAUCUUCAGGGAAGCAUUACCACUUUUUUAAAGCCUUUUUUAAUACAAAAAACACGCGCUUCCCCUGGAUCCAGCCUAAAUCUGAUCCUUAAAUUGCGUAUUUUAGAUCUUAUCGACUGCAUCUGACAAAUCAAGAUCUAUUUUUGUACUCGUUUUACACACAAACACACACAGCUGAACUUGAAUACAUGUAUGCACACAUCUCUUUGCACAUUUCUAGUUUUAUUUUAUCGCUGGUUUUAUUUUAGCUUCUUCGUCGGUCAUGUUUUCUUUCAAAGGUGCAAUAAUAUCAUCAGUUGGCAUCAUAUUAAAGUAUUUUUGGUUCUCUGAGAGUCUAGUCAGCUCUGAUUUUAUUCUGCAUGUCUCAUCAUCGCCUUAUAAAGUGCACUCGUUCACUUUUUAUGUUGAUGAUCGUCUCUUUUUUUAUAUUUGUUGGGUGGUUUCUGUUAUUUCGGGAUGGCUGGAGUGGUUCGCGCUUCCAUCCUGAUGUCUUGGAGUUUGACUGUCACUUCUGCAGUUUUCAUACAUGUUUUAUUAUUACAAAAAGCCUUCAUGGAGAUGCCAGUCUUCCUCAUGCCUCCUCCACAGUGUGCCUAUUGCCACCAGGCAUAUUUUUGCAUUUUAAUUAUGAUUAUUUUUGUCUUAAUGCCUCGUAUGAUGAGUUUGAUAUACAUUUCCCCCCUCUCCACUUAUUUGAUUUCCUACUGUAUGCAAGUAAAUAUAUUAAAGUCUUAUGAAUGAUAGUUGAUGGCGGCUUUAUUUGAUUGUUUUUUUUCAGUUCAGUAAUUUAAAGAUUUGCUGUUUUCAAGGUGAUGUCAGGUUUUAUUCAUAAUCGACUGAUGACAUUCACAUUGUAUUUAAAACCUGGGGUGUAAAUGGACUUUACAAUGCAUUGAAUAAAUACCAGGCUCUAAUAGA